CAAAACAAUCUUGUCAGACAUCAAAAAUCCUCUUAAUAAGCAAGAAAGCACGAGUAGUAAUUUGUUGGUGGAAAUGAUUCGCCGUCAUACUCUAAAUACGGACAACGAAUUAAAAAAUAACACUCUUUAUUUGGCGAACGAAAGCGUAACCGCCGCAGAACUAGGAGAAAUCAUUGGGCAAGGUGUCAGUCGUAACCAGGCGUUAACUGACGAUUUAUUAAAAUAUUCGCAAAAAAGCCAACUCCAAGGGUCCUUGGUUAACCGUCCACCUAUUGUUAGUAUCAUGGGUCAUAUCGACCACGGCAAAACUACUUUAUUAGACACUAUUCGUCAAACCCAAGUCCAAAAAAAAGAGGCUGGAGGCAUAACCCAAAAGGUUAGUGUUUCCCAAGCGGAAUUUCAGGGUCAAAAAAUCACUUUUUUGGAUACUCCUGGACACAGCGGAGAAAUAAUUGUGGUUUCUGGCAACGCCAAAGAAAAAGACAGCGUUAAUCAUCUUCUCGAAAAUAUUCUACUCUUUGCCGAUUUUAAAUCUCAUCCUCAAAGUCCAGCUCACGGAGUAGUAAUUGAUAGUUUUCUUCACCCACAAACCGGCUCUCAAAUAAAUGAAUUAUUGAUUCAAGAUGGAACCCUAAAAAUUAAGGAUAGCAUUUUCCUCAAUGGCAAGUUUGGUUCGGUCAAAAUAAUGUCUGAUAUUCGAGGUCAGAGAGUCACCACUGCCCAACCGAGCGAUAUAGUUAAAGUAUCAGGCAUUAAUAUUCCAGCCGAAUUAGGCGACCGAUUUUUGGUGCUAAAUGAUGAAAAAGCCGUAGCCAAAAUAGAACAAGAAUUAGCCCAUUAUUGA